UGAAACUGAGAGAAAAGAGAGAGAGGGAGACAGAGGGAAAUAACAGCAGAGCUGGUUGAAGUGGUCUUUGCGGUAAGUCUGUAACUUAUGCAAGGUUCUCCAUAAGAUGAACCAGAGCUGCUGCUGAGGACGGUUAACGAAAGGAGCUUAUUCCUUCCAAAGGUGCACUGGUACAAGUGUAUGCCAGGAUUGAUAUUUCCGCCUUUUGUGGAUCCACCUAGACAGUUAAUUGCAUGUUCAUCUGACUAACUCACAAGUGAUCACAAACAGACACUGGCCAUGGACGCAGCGCUGUACAAUCACUAUGAAGAGAAGGUUCGACCUUGUAUUGAUCUCAUUGAUUCACUGAGAGCAUUGGGUGUGGAUCAGGACCUCUCUCUUCCAGCCAUUGCAGUGAUUGGAGACCAGAGCUCUGGGAAAAGCUCUGUGCUGGAGGCACUGUCUGGAGUCGCUCUCCCCAGGGGCAGUGGAAUUGUGACAAGAUGUCCUCUCGAACUGAAGCUGAAAAAUGUCAGAGACACCAAAAUAUGGAAGGCACAGAUAAGUUACAAGAAUUACUUGAAAGAACUGUCAGACCCAUCUGAGGUGGAGAAAGAAAUUGUGAAAGCUCAGAACAUCAUGGCUGGAAAUGACCAAGGGAUCAGCUCUGAGCUGAUCAGUGUGGAAGUGGAGUCUAGCAAGGUCCCUGAUCUGACAUUGAUCGAUCUGCCGGGAAUUGCAAGAGUGGCAGUUGGGAGCCAGCCACAGGAUAUUGGAGACCAGAUCAAGCAGCUGAUCAAUUUCUACAUCAGUGAAGAUAAGACCAUUAAUCUUGUUGUCAUCCCAUGUAAUGUUGAUAUAGCUACGACAGAGGCCUUGAAAAUGGCCCAGGAGGCUGAUCCUUCAGGGGAGAGAACUUUGGGGAUAUUAACAAAGCCAGACCUGGUUGACAAGGGGACAGAAGAAAGCAUCCUUAAAAUAAUCAGGAAUGAGGUUGUUGCUUUGAACAAAGGUUACAUGGUUGUCAAAUGUCGUGGACAGCAAGAUAUUAAUGAUCAACUGACCUUGGUGGAGGCACUGGAGAGGGAGAAAGCUUUUUUUAAAGGCAAUGAACUUUUCAGAACCCUUUUGGAAGAAAAGGUGGCAACGAUUCAGUGUGUGGCUGCCAGACUGACCACAGAACUUGUCAAUCAGAUCCGGAAAACCCUGCCAACCAUCGAAAAAGAGGUUCGAUGCAAAAUUGCUGAAACGAGUCGGGAACUGGAAUUGAUGGGAUCCGGUGUACCAGAGAUGGAUGAAGAGAGAGUCCCUUUCCUCAUUGAUAAAAUUAGAGCUUAUGGUGAAGACCUUUCCAACUUAACAAUUGGAGAAUAUUCAAGGGAAUAUGAGGAUAACAUGAAAAUAUACACGGUGGUCCGAAAGAGUUUUGGGAAAUGGCAUGAUCUCCUCGAUGAAGAUCAGACAGAAUUCAAAGAAAUAAUGAGUGACCAAGUGUCAGAGUACACUGAGAGGUCCCGUGGGAGAGAAUUGCCCGGAUUUACCAAUUACAGAAUCUUUGAGUCGCUAGCCAAGAAUCAGAUCAUGAAGUUGGAGCCUCCUUCUCUCACCAUGCUGAAGGUGAUAGCAGACCAGGUCCAGUCAGUAUUUAACAAUUUGGCCGUGCAGCAUUUUGUAGGGUUGCCAAACCUAAUGAGAAGUAUCAAGAGUAAGAUUGAUGAAAUUCGUGAGAUCCAGGAACAGGAAGCUGAGCGGAUGCUGAAGACUCUAUUCCAGAUGGAGAAAAUGGUCUACAGUCAGGACAUCAUUUAUUCCAACAAGCUGAAUCAAAUCCAGACCGAAUAUGAGGUACCAGAGGAGGAGAACCAGCAGAUAAUUUCUAUCAGCACCGACAUCACUGCAAUGUCCAUUCAUUUGGAAACCUAUUACCUGAUUGCUUCAAACCGACUGGCGGACCUGGUCCCCAUGGUCAUUCGAUUCUACCUCCUGCAGGAGUAUGCAAACAAGCUGCAGCGUAACUUACUGCAGUUACUGCAGGGUCAGGAGCGGAUGGAGGAGCUGCUGAGGGAAGAGGAAGAUAUCUUUGAGAAGCGCAGGUUUCUGAACAGUCGUUUGAAAAGGUUGAGAAAGGCCCGUCAGAUCUUGACCAUGUGUUGAAGCAAACCAUCUGCCAAUAGAUUUAAUGCAUAGUCAAUAAACUACAAAUGGUUUGAGAAUUGAUGACCUCCAAAUAGAAAUCUUGGAGAAAAUAUGCCGAUGAGAAAACAUUUCUGUCUUUUGGCAUUGUAUUCCUCCAUCUGUGAAAUCAAUGACCCAUCUUGUCUGUUCUUCCCAUUAUAUCAUAGCGGAUCUAUGUCUUAACUCCAUCUAUUCACCUCCAUCUAUAUCUCUAUCCUUGCAAGAUAAACAUCUCAUGUUAUUGAGUUUAGAAUGAUCAUAGAAUCACAAAAUUGUUACAGUGCAGAAGGAAGCUAUUCGGCUCAGACAGUUGUACCAUGGACAGAAACAGAAAGUGCUGAAGAAACUCCAGGUCUGGCAGCAUCUGUGGAGUGAAAGCCAGAGUUAACUUUUUGACUCCAGUGACCCUUUAUCUGAACUCUCAGCCUCCUAUUUAUUUUUGAUUGAUCUAGGAAGAAAGUUCUUGAUUUCCUCUAAUGUUUGAAUGAAGAAGUGUAUUUCUCCAUGGCUCUAACAGAGUUACACCCCCCACUUGUUCUGGAUUUGCCCAACAGAAGAAAUUAUUUCUUUCUUUCCAUCUUGUCAAUUUUAUUUGAUCAUCUUAAACACCUCCAUUAGAUCACACGUAAUUAUUUACAGUGUAAGUGGCCGAUGGGUAAGAACCGCAACCAGCCAUAGUUCUUGAAGGGACAGGAAACCAUAAUUAACAUGAUCCCAAAUUUCCCAUAGACGUGAGCAGCACAGGCAACUAGAAUAAUCUCCCUAGUGUGAGAUAUUGAUCCUGUUUAGUCAGCUUUAUCCAUUUCCCUUCUACAACACUUAACCCCUUCCAAGAGUUUGAGUUUUCAAGAAAAAUCUUGUGGAUAUUUUUUGCUUCCUUCACUGUUACCAGUUCUGGUUCUGACCUUUUGUUUUUGGUGAAUUUUAUUUUAUUCUUGGUAAAGGUUUUCCAAGAGGUUGCUCGGUAAAAAUAGAUGGUCUAACGUGAGUGUUUUAUGUUACUUGUUUUCAUGCACUGGAGCACAGUUUCUCAAUCACGAUGUGAGAUGUGCUGUUCUUCUAUUGUGUAUUAGAAUGAUGUUUUUUUUUCUCAAAGUGUAAUGGUUUAUUGAGAGAUCUAGCUGGCAUCUUAGGUGAGACUCUGAUUCCAGCAUAAACUGACUGGACGGGAACUUCACACCGGUGACAAUCAAGACUUUCUGCCAGGUUGGUGGUUUAGUGCUAUAAUGAAUCUCUGACUUGUUCAAUAAAGAGACAAUUUAAGUA